CAUAAAUGAACUCUAAACAAAUUAUACUAACCUAAAGAAAUCAGGAACAAAAGACCACAUAUUAUACAGUUCCAUCUACACAAAAAACUUAGAAUAGAAUAAGCAAACCCAGAUAGAAAGUAGAACAGAACAUAGACAAGGGAAAUGACUGCUAAUGAUCACAAGGUUUCUUUUGGGGGUAAUGUUCUAGAAUUUGACAGAGGUGAUAAAUAGUACAAUAUUGUAAAUAUGCUUUUAAAUAAUAAUAAUAAACUGUUAACAGUCAAGUUCUGUAACCCUGCACUUAGAAGGGACCAGGAGAACCUCAAGUUUGAGGCAGAGGAGACCUGCCUGAAAAUAAAGUAAACAAGCAAACAAACCUGGUUUGUAAACUUUAAAGGGAGAGUUUUGAUAAGGCAAAGUGACAUAGGCCUGUAGUUCCAGCUACUCAGGAGAAUAAAAGCAGUUGAGUCACUUGAGGCCUGGAAUCUGAGGUCAGUCUGAGCAACAGAUUAAGAGUCUGUCUCAAAAAUUACAUAAGUAAAUAAAUAAAAGGGUGAGUUUUAUGCUAUGUGGUUUGUGUCAAUUAAAAAAUUAUUUGAGAAAAAAUAAUACAAAAUGUAGGGGCUGGUGAGAUGGCUCACAAAGUAAAGGUGCGUAUCACUAAGCCUAAUGACCUAAGUUUGAUCCCUGAGACACAAAUCAUGUAAGCAAAAAUAAAUUCCAAAUUGUCCUCUGACCUCCAAUGGUCAUAUUUGUACCAUGGGCUGCAAACAGAGGUUUAAUGUUUUUAAAUGCAUGUAAUCUGUUCAUUUUGGUGAAAUAAUUGAGGAAGAGAUAAAUCUGAAACUAAAUUUAAAUUCUGGAUUCCUUAAUGAACAUGGAAAAGAGGUACAAACAAAGAUAGAGACAGAGGAAUGUGACAGUAGGAUAGAGGGACACAUGUGAGUAAUCAUUUUACAUAGUAAAGUCAAAUAGCAGUGGCAUUCAGUAACUGUACUGUUCCACAAACCCAAACUAACAAUAAUGCCACAUAUGAUGAUACAAGCCUAUAAUCCAAACAUUAGAAGGUUGAAGCAGAAGAAUACCAAGUUUGAGCCCAGUGUGAGAUUAUUUGGGAGAUCCUAUCUGAAGUCACCAUCAUCAUCAUCCAUAACAAUAAUUAGUUAACAUCAACCAGGACUGAGAGCAAUCAAAAGAGAAUACAAAGAAGCAACAAAGGAACUGAACUACACUGCACUAAAGUAACACAGUCACACUAAAUAGAACAGAGAAUAAAACAACUAACCUAAAUAGCUAAAGAUAAAAACUGCACACAGAUAACCUUGUGAAUACUUUUCAUAAGCAAAUAACUAUCUGUUGGAUACUCCAAAAGUUAGCAAAUAUGUUAUGAUACUGAGAUCUAGACUUCUGUCACAGAAAGAAAAUACAAAUAAGGAGUAACAGAAGGUCAGAGCAACCUUGUAGUGUUGGAGGAAAAGGUACUGAUAUAAACUCAUGGUCAUCAUACAAAGAGAAAUAAAUAUAGUUAUCCUUCAGUAACUUCAGGGGAUAGGUUCCAGAGUUCCCCACUCCUGGCAGAUAACAAAAUCUAUUGUUCUCUGGUCCCUUAUAGUCUGAUUCUUAAACUGUGGGAAGUGAUCCGAUCAUUUAACUAAAUUCAAGGGUGGCCAAAAAUCUAGCUACACUAACAGGUUUCUGGACACAAGAAGGAAUCCAAAGUGUCUCUGGCAGCACUUGCCCAUGCUGCACCCUGUGACUCCACUGAAGCUAAAAUGUGUAUGCGUUGUACUAUGCAUGCCAUGGCACUGUGCAAUGCCAAGAAGCAAUGCUGGAAUUACCAUGGCUCAGACUGAGAAUAUUGUAAAUUACGGAUUGCAGUAUUUUUACCAUGCAAAAAAAAUGUUGUGCUUUUAUAGAAAUAAUUUUAAUUACAGAAAACAAAGCUUCUAAUAUUUUUAUUAUCAAUCCUUAGCAUACAAGCAUCCAAGUAAUAUCUCUGAAUCUCUUUAUGUUAGAACAUUUGAUUUUUAAAGUUGGCUUGACUUUCACAUAAAAAGUCAUUAAAUAUUUUUGUAUCAAAAUUAGGACAGAAUUUUCCACAAUUACUAAAAUGGCUCUAAAUAUACUCCUGAAAUUUUGUACUAUGAAUUUAUGAGAAGCAGCACUCUCAAUGCCGUUGAUUAUAAAACCAAAAUAUCGAUCAACUCUUUUUAAAAAAUGCUGGAAGAUGUUCUAUGUCUUGUAGUAUCAAAUGCUCAGCAAGAGUUAAUUUCUUUUAUAAAAAUAAGUAAACAAACCCACUUCUCAGUAUUCAAAUUUGUUUUCAUCUUUAGUAAAUCCAUAUGCAUAUAAAAACAGCUAUUUUAAAAUAAGUUAUGCUUAUCAGUAAAUGUCUCAUUUGUAUACUUACUUUAUAUAACUACUUAUUUAGGGUCACCUAAAAACUUGACAAAAGGAAAUCAUGAGUAAAAAGGGUUAAAAAUCCUGCAUUGUAUUAGCUUAUAACCUACCCAUAAUAUAACAGAUGUUUAAUAUUUAGUAGACUGUAAACAAUUAUUUAACUCAAGCCAAGCGUGGUGGCUCACGCCUUUAAUCCCAGCACUUGGGGGGCAGAGGCAGGCAGAUUUCUGAGUUCGAGGCCAGCCUGGUCUAAGAGUGAGUUCCAAGACAGCCAGGGCUACACAGAGAAACUCUGUCUGGAAAACAAAACAAAACAAACCAGGUGAGGUGGUCAGUAGCUAAUGGUGCCUCUCAUCAAGGCUUUCAAUCUGAGUUGGGUCCCCAAGAUCCACAUGGUGGAAGAAGAGAAUCAACUCCUACAAGUUGGCCUUUAAUCAACACACACACACACACACACACACACACACACACACACACUGUGGCCAAAACUGAAACAAUGUGAACAACAUAAUGCUAUUAUAUUGGACAACAGUCUGUAGAAUCAAAUGAAUAUGCACACUACCAUACUGAUAUAAAUAACUAAAUUAACAAAUGUCCUUUGACAGAUGAAGUCCAAUUCAUACAUAUCAGAAUAAGGGAACUACAAAUACCAUAACCGUAUAUUUUACAAUACAAACAAGGGGAGAAAGUUUGAGCAAAACAGUCUAUAGUUUUGAAGAACCUCCUACAAGAUAUAAAUAUAUCAAAGAGAAUACAAAGGGACAAAGAGUACCCUCUCCUAGACUAUCCCAAUAGAAGCCACCAGAACAAAUGAUCAAGGUUAAAAUAUCAUUAGUAACCAGGCACAUCAAUAACAUGGGCCCCCUAGUAAAAUGCAUUGAUACAGAGUGUUAUAAUCAAAACACACAAAACUUCAAAUCUAAUCAUGAAGAAAAAAAUCAAAUGAGCCAAAAAUGAGAGUAUUUUUACAAAAAAUAAAAAUAAACAAACAAUAUUCAGAAAGUUACGAGAAACCUAGAAAUUGGUCAGGAUUAAUGACUCUGACCCAGAGACAGUCAGAUCUCUAUGAGUUCAAGACCAGCCUGAUCUACAAAGUAAGACCCCCAUCUCAAAAAAACCAAACAAACAAAACAAGCCAGUAUGGUAUCACAUGCCUGUAUCCUCAGUAUUCUCAGUACUUGGAGUAGCAGGAGGAUCAGGAGCUCAUGGCCAGUCUCAACUAGAGUCAAAAUCAGCCUAAGAUGCACAAGCUCCUGUAUCAAAAAGAAAAAAUAAAAAUAAACCUAGCCAUCAUCUGAUUCAGCAUCACAUUUAUUUGCUGGUAGAUCUCCUCUGGAAUUUAAUAUUCCCAUUAAUUUUUAAGGGCCAGUAGAAAAAAAUAAAGUCAUCAGAAAGUACCUAUUAGGUACCUAUUUUGUGCUCCUUUUAGUUUAAAAGAAAAAAAUACUAGCUGAAGUGGCUUUGCUGACUUUACAAUCUCCUUUUUAAAUGACUCAGCCAAUAUUCUCUGUUCAAGAUCUUGAUAAUAUUUAGAAGGUAUCCCUAGCAACCUGUUUUGUGGGUAUACUAAGACAAAGUUUUAUAUAUGAUGAAAAAUAAUUGUUUGUUGUUUUUAUGGUUGAUUACCUACAAAAUUUCAAGGGCUUGUUCACGUGCUUUGAUCUCUCUCACAUAGCCAAGACGCCUGAAAAUCUUGAUCAUUCUGCCUCCACCUAAAGCUCGAGUUUGGUUUCACAAGUGUGCUUUUUACCUAACACAAUUUUCCCUUAUCACAAAUACAGCAUCAACAUUAUCACUUACAGUCUAAGAGUCCACUUUAAAAUCAGCUGCCCACUGAACCCAGGCAUUUUGCUCACAACACCAAGACUUUUCACCAUGUAUUACAUGCGUCUUCUACUAACCAAUCCAACACCAAAAACAGCACGUCCUCCUCUAACGUGUUAUCCAUUUCAAUGCGUUAUCCAUUUAAAUAAAAUAUUUUCACAUGUUUACAUUAAUGAGACGACUAUGUGAUGCAUUUGCUUCUCCUCCAUAUACCACCAGCACGACUGCACAGAGAAAAUACAUAACCAGCAAAUCAAUGCAUCCAUGUUGAAAGGAACUGGCAAGACCAGAAAUUUAAGAAGCAAAGUGAUAAGAACCUUAGGGAAAGCAAAAUUCAUACAAGUUGCUGAUUCCAAGAGGCCUUAAAAGGCCAUCCAUUUCAAUGACAACUGAUAAUCUAUCCUCCUUUUGAAAGAUGCCAGGCUUCCAACCUGCCAUACAAUCCGGUCAUGUGAUUUGGGAAAAAUAUAAUUGACUGUUCUUUGUCCUACAUUAUGCUGUUUUUUUUUCUCAAACUACAUGACAAAAUAUUUUAACCUAUUUCUAAAAUAUACAGAUUUACAAGUGCAGAGGACAAGCAUGCAUUGACACGUGCAUUUAUGCAUAAUACGAGCACUCGGGACAUUCACUUUUGCUUGUAUAAACACACAGGUAUGUAAACAUAUAAUCAAAGGCACAUCACCAUCAAUUUUUUAAAAACUUUGAAGCUUACUUUCUCCUCAUCGCAAUUAAUUUUUCUUUUCUUUAUAUAAACACCGGCCCGAUUUAGAGGACUCAUCACACAAAAAAAGAAAAACUAUAAAAAUAACUCAGAUAUUAUAUCCAAAAAGAACAAUGUUAAGGUUUGACUUUUAAAGCUAUUUGAGCAACAAUCAUUUUGAAAGAAGACACAAUGAAAUAUGGUGACGGCUGGGAACAGCCAAUGAUAAUGAACAAGUAACCCGGCUUAAUCAAGUGGGCCAAAGGAAUGGUUCAAAUAAAACAAAUCAUUUUGGGAACAUACAUAAAAUAAGGAAGUACCAUUCAAGGACAAGCUAGGUACUCUUAAAAAACAAAAGAGUCUGUUAGAAAUAUAUCAAAAUAUUAACAGUGAAAUGCUAUCUCUGGAGAUGGGUUAUUAAUUCGUUGGAAUUUAUCACUCUUGAUUACCUAUACACCUUCAAGGUAUUACACACAUUUUUAAAACUAACGCAAAUGGAGAUUUUUGUCCCUGUGCUUCACAGCUACCAUACACAUGCAUGCAUAGUACAUACAUACAUACAUACAUACAUACAUCGCGUCUUUACAUAACCUCCUGGGAGAGGUAGGUACCAAGCUUCUGUCCUCGUGUCUCCUGGGAACCUGCCACCCAUCACUGUUCCCAGGGUUAGCUCCUGUCAUCACCACCAUCCACCUCUCACCCUGGAGACUACACAACUGUCGCCUCGUCUCCGCUCCAGGUAGCAAGGGCUUUAGAAAUUGUUAUUUUAUCCGAAGAGAGAUUCAGAGAAAGGUUUACCGAAAGGAUGAGCAGCCCCCACCCAAAAGCGCAGACGAGGAGAAAGACGCACGGUCUCAACCUCCACCCCUCCGAAGUCGGCCGGCGACAGGGAGCACCGGAGUCGCGACUCUCCUCAAGAGGAAGAGAUGGGAGAGCCGCUCCCCAGUCCCAGUCCCAGCUAAGAGAGACGCGCUCGAUAGCGGAUAAAGGGGAGAAGGUCACAGACGCGACCCCUGAGGCGCUGAGGGGCGCAGACUGCAAGCUUAUUCAGGGGCGGGUCCCUCCCUCCGGCAGGUGGCUCGGCUUCCAACAGGCUUCCAGGGGGCCAGGGGUUCCUCGGGCCUCCGCCCGCCGUCCACCCGGAGCCAGCAGUCCCGCUCGGCGGGCGGCCCCGGAACGGCCCCGAGCGGCUCGGCCGGGCCAGCCGAUCACACACUCGGGAGGUCACGAUGGCGAAAGAGAACGUGUUACCUACCCGGCGGCGACUUGUCAAAGGGAAAGACGUAAGAGGCGGCGGCGGCAGCGGCGGCAGCGACGGCGGCAGCGGCAGCGGCAGGCGAGUCUCGCGGGACUUAUGAGGGAACUCUCGCGAGAUCAGAAGCGCUGGUCCUGCCUCCUCCGGGCCUCGCGCGGGAGGUGGGAGGCAACCUGAGAGGAAAAGGGAGAGAAG